UGGGCUUUAUAAACAAUAAUUUGCUAAAUAAUUUGUUUUGAGGCACCCCUGCAGAUAUAAUUAAAGCGCUUGCUGGUCGCAUGCUUGCUACGAGAGAGGUUUUUACCCAGUGCAUUGUUGUAACCAAGGACGGGGGACCAGAAUAAGACAGACAUUUUCUCCCAGCCUCACGAGCGCCUGGAAAGACGCCGAAAAUUCCGCAAUACCGCGACAAACUAACAGAGUCUUCCGCAAAAUAAAAUGAAAUGGACAAUGCCCUCGGCCAUUAGCGGCGCUCCGCACGGCCAAGUGCACGUACCCAGCAACGAGGAGUGCGGCAUCCGCGACGUGUGGAAGCAUAACCUGGAGGAGGAGUUCCGCACCAUACGCAAGGUAGUGCAGAAAUAUCAUUAUGUGGCCAUGGACACAGAGUUUCCCGGCGUGGUGGCACGGCCUGUUGGUGAGUUUCGAUCCACUGCCGACUAUCACUAUCAGCUGCUGCGCUGCAAUGUGGAUCUGCUGAGGAUCAUUCAGCUGGGUCUCACCUUUAUGGACGAUGACGGCAAGACGCCUCCAGGAUACUCCACAUGGCAGUUCAAUUUCAAGUUCAAUCUAAGCGAGGAUAUGUAUGCACAGGACUCGAUUGACUUGCUGCAAAAUUCUGGAAUACAAUUCAAGAAGCACGAGGAGGACGGCAUAGAUCCAAUUGAAUUUGCCGAGCUGCUCAUGAGCUCGGGCAUUGUGCUGGUAGACAACAUCAAAUGGCUAUGCUUUCACUCUGGCUACGAUUUCGGCUACCUGCUCAAGCUGCUUACCGACCAGAAUCUGCCCUGCGACGAGUCUGACUUCUUCGAGCUGCUGCACAUCUACUUCCCCAACAUCUUUGACAUCAAAUAUCUGAUGAAGUCGUGCAAGAAUCUGAAGGGAGGCCUCCAGGAAGUGGCCGAUCAGCUGGAGCUGCGCCGAGUCGGCCCACAACAUCAGGCUGGCUCUGAUGCCCUGCUCACUGGCAUGGCAUUCUUCAAAAUGCGUGAGAUGUUCUUUGAGGAUAAUAUCGACCAUGCCAAGUAUUCGGGACAUCUGUACGGCCUGGGCACCUCGUUCAUCGUGAACGGCAACAACUUCCACGAGAGCAAUGGCGAGACGAGCAGCGCCUCAUGAUUUAUACUGAUGGGCAAUGCUGUUGUGCCUGAUAAAAAGCCUGUCGAACCAGAAGAAGCCGGAGAAGAUGCCGCACCGAAAUCACCACCACUCAAAGACACUCGGACAGCCGAUCCCACUUUAACAGCACAGCAAUAAUCACCGCCCCAAACAAAAGUAACAACAGACCAUUUAGAAAAACUGUUUUUUCACUUUCCAUUUAUAAUAUUCCCGUUCCCCGUUAAAUUCAAUUCUUCAUU